UCCUCUGAGAGCACCAUCCAUUGCUUCCUCUUCUUCUUCACCGCUGCAUCAAGAUUCGCAAAUUGGUCUCUCUCUCUCUCUCUCUGUCCUAGCAAAGCACAACAUCAUUGUUGCGGCGAGCAAAGACACUUUAUUAUUAUGUUGUGUGCUUUUGUUUUGGCCUGGACAAUGAUCUCUUAGUCAGCGCUCAGCGGGUCUUCAGACAGAUUGGUUAACCAUGAGAAUGUGCAGUGGAUGGCGUCGUUUUCUCUUCUGUCUUCCUCUCAUUUUCUUCCUCCCUCUUCUGCUCUCUGUUUUGGAAUUGCAUCAGAACUCAACUUUGGGAUAUCCGCCGAAGAAACAGAGCAAGAAAUCUGAUCAUCUGGUUCUUGGGCCUGCUGCUGGACAAGGCUUGCCCAAUCGUUUGCAAUGUGAAGGCAUCAAAGCUCUCAACCAGACCCAUUUUUCAACAUCCUCCCACACAUCUAGAAGCAGAGAAAAUAUUGCUUUUGUCACUGUUUUUACCAUUUAUAAUUCCUCCCUAAAUGUAAAUGUAAAUGUAAAUGAUAGAUCAUCAAACUUGGUUAAUGUUGGAAAUGCUUCAUAUAGUAAGGUGGAGAGAUCGAUGGCCAUAUUGAACAUUUUCAUUAACUUCAUUCAGGUGACAAUGCCCCAGAGCAAUGUUAUUAUUCUUACCGACCCAGCAUCUGACCUUCACAUGCACAGAAAUAGGGUCACCAUCCAUCCAAUUCAAGGUGAAUAUUCACGAGACAAGUUGAUGCUUCAAAGAAUCAGGUCUUACAUUGCUUUUCUAGACACAAGGCUUGAGGAGCUUUCUCAUAGGGAGGGGCAUAUUACUCAUUACAUCUUCACUGACUCGGACAUAUCAGUGGUUGAUGAUCUAGGACAGAUUUUUCAGGAGUAUCCAAAUUUUCAUCUGGCUCUCACCUUUCGGAACAACAAAGAGCAACCUUUGAAUUCGGGAUUCAUUGCAGUGAGGGGUACCUCUGAUGGGAUUUUAAGGGCAAAGGCUUUCUUACAAGAAGUACUGAAAGUUUACAAUUUAAAGUACAUGCGUGCUUCCCGAAUGCUUGGAGAUCAGUUAGCUCUUGCCUGGGUUGUAAAGUCCGAUCCUUCUUUUGACACAAGGAAAUUUACCAAACCACAAGCUUUUGUAGAAAAAAUUGGUGGUGCCUCAGUACUAUUUUUACCAUGUGCUAUAUACAAUUGGACGCCUCCAGAAGGUGCAGGUCAAUUUCAUGGAAUGCCCUUAGAUGUUAAGGUUGUUCAUUUCAAAGGAUCAAGGAAACGCCUAAUGCUUGAGUCUUGGAACUUCUUCAGUUCCUCUGCUAACAUAUCAGAUAUGUUGUGCCUAAUAUUAAGUAGUGGGAGAACGAAGUAUGAUUUUUGAAUUACGUCAUUAUUUUAUUUAACGGAACAACCAAUUUCAUGCAAGUUAGGAACUGAGCUGCCUUUUCCAUCCUUGGCUAGAUUGAGUUCUGCCGGCGUUGUAUAGAAUUUUAAAGAUAUGGGAAUUAAAAAUUAUUUAUGUUGA